CCAGCUUCUAUAUAAGAAGGACUCACUGAAGCACCCACCCCAGCGGCCAAUUGUUUCGCUCCAUCUUCUUGACAUGACUUUUUUUCGACUGGCAUGGAUCACAAAAGCUCCCCAUCCUAACCUAAAAAAAAAUUAAAGUUUUUAAAGGUUGCGAAACGUACUCUGGUUCAACUUCUUGACCCUAACCCUCCUACAAACAGGAUCCGAAUGCUAGCAAAGGUCAAUUCGCAAUGCGAAGAACACACCACACCGUACCUCCCCGCGGUUUGCCGAGAGUAUUCGGUCAGGAACAACCCCCCACCUCGAUAGGAGUGGCGGGGUUGCUCCGAUGAAUGGAUUGUUGACUGAACCCCUACCCGAAGGAUAGUCGGUCGGAUGAGGGGCUCAGCUCAGGUACGCUCAAGUGACGUACCAAUUCUCCGCACAAUAUCCUCCACUCCAGGCUCACAAACCCUUUACAUCUCAACAAGUGCUGCUCUGUUGCUUCUCUACCUUUUUUUUUAUUUUUAUUUUUUUUUUUAAAAAAAAAAAAGCUCCUACAAGGCCAAUUGAUCUCUACGUAACCACUUCUAUUCGAUCAUACCGCAUUCGUCACACUUCAGUCUAAUUCAGCAAACAUGUCGGCCGCUACCAAGCAAGAUACCAAGCAAGAUGAUGCUACCGAUCUUAGCCGUGAGUAUGAUACGCCUCUAGGACUUGCUCACACAACGAUGCAAGCUCUCAAGGACCGCAUCAAGCUCCACUACGACCUAGCCAGUGACUAUUACCUCAGCCUGUGGGGACAGCAUGUACACCAUGGAUACUGGCCUACAGACGAGUCCAAGGCAAAGGACACCAAGGAGGUUGCACAGACCAAUCUCAUCGAUCUGCUGCUUGAAAUUUCCAAGAUCCCUGAGGGCGGCAGUGUUCUCGAUGUCGGAUGCGGUCUGGGUGGAACCACUAGGCACCUCGCCGCGAAGCUCGGCUGCUCCGUGACUGGAAUCACCAUCUCUGGCAAGCAGGUCGAAAUAGCCAAGCGGCUUACAAAAACCGAGGCCGAGGCCGAGGCUACCAAGCUCGGCAAGGAUGCAGCAGCCGCCAAGGCAGAGGUUGAAGAGGACGCUGAAGGCUUCAUGAAGAUUGGCAAAGGAAAGGUCAGGUUUAUUGAGCUCGACGCCGAGACCAUGGGCGAGUACUUUUCUGGAAAGGAUGCCUUCGAUGCCGUCUGGAUCUGCGAGGCUCUGAGCCAUUUCCCGAACAAGGAGCUUUUCUUCCAGAACGUCCAUGCGGUGCUCAAGCCCGGUGGUUGUCUCACCUUGGCCGACUGGUUCAAGGCCGAGGGCUUGACCCAGAAGCAGUUCGACGACGACAUCAAGCCGAUAGAGGAUGGAAUGUUGACACCUCCGCUCAACACGCAAGCUGGAUACGUCGACAAGGCUAAAGCUGCAGGUCUUAAGGUCUUGACAGAGCCAAAGGAUAUCAGCCAAGACGUUAAGCAGACCUGGGAUAUUACAUGGUCGCUCAUCCAGAAGCCUUCACUCUGGGCAUUUGCUCUCAGUCAAGGUCGGGAUGGAAUUGCGUUCCUGCAAUCAUUCAGGGCCAUGCGACGAGGCUACGCAAAUAACAACUUCCGAUAUGCCGUCAUGUCUUUUGAGAAAUAGUCAAAUGUUUGGCGUGAACAGAUUCACCAAGGAUGCUGAAGUCGCAUUCAUAAACAGCGAUACAGCAGCUGGUCUCUUGUUAAGACGAGAGGUAUAGACUAGGCCAUACGAAAGAAAAGAAAAUUUGAUAUCGGAAUUUGGCCUAGCAACAUUUACAUGCAUUCACGUCUCUGCCAACUGAGCAGUAAUAACAGCCUCAACGCGUAGGUGUUUGAACCCUUGGACAUAAUCACCCGACACCAUAUUGGAUAUGUAAAAUUUGCAAAAUUGAAAGCAAAAUAAAAUCAAACAAAACAAAAACAACAAGAACCGGAUAGAGUUCCCUCCGAAACAACAUACCUCUAGCUCGUUUUCUUUUUGCCUCUUAUUCGGGGCGGCUGAAAAGCCCGGCGAC